AUGGACGCAGGUGCCACUGGGGCCCGCGGGUACGGAAGGACGAUGCCCACCAGAGGAGAUGGGCUGCUGGGGUUACCACUUCUGCCACCAUGGAUUCGCACCCGGCCACGGUGGUUUCCUGUGCAGGAACUGAGAAACCCAGUGUUGUUUUACCUGGAGGCAUGGCUGGCUGACUUGCUCUUCGGCCCAGACCGAGUCAUAGUUCCGAAAAUGGAGUGGAUGAGCCUGGCCCCGUUGACGGUGGACACAGUUAAGGCCCGGAACUUAGUCGAAAUCACCGUCUUCGGAUGGCCGGAUGUACAACACCUGGCGAAGAGUAGGCUCCUGAGCCUGGCGUCGAGGCACCGGGAGCAUCGUGCCCGAGCUGAGAAGAUGGUACAACUUGAGGAGUUCUGGAAGGUCCAUGCAUCAGGUCCCCAGACCCCCCAGCAUCCUGUUGCAUAA